AUGACGUCUCCACAGAGCAUCAUGAUCGAGGUAGACUCCUCCAUGAACAGGGCUCAUGCAGAGGCUCUUACGUUACCUGGGCUGCCCACUGAGAUCAUUGAGGAUAUCGUCGGAAGGCUCUUUGACAGCGGAAGAAAGACUAGAUCGCGAUACAAGCAUGGAAAGCGAGAUCUAUGCAGCCUUCGCUUGGUCAGUCGAGAAAUGAACCACAAGUCCCUGUGUGAGUUUGGACGACGCAUUUUCAAGGGCACCACCGAUGCAUACUGGGGACAACGGGCGUUGAGCUUAUCCAAGACAUCACUCCAGCGCCUCGAAGAGAGCUCCGAACAUCCCGUCUUUGGACCAGCCGUCCAACAACUAAACUUCCAGCUCGACUGUUAUGACAAAGAGUACGCUAAAGAACUUCAGGGCGAGAUGAUGUUUCCUAGGUUUCGCUUCCAGCCAAUCCGCCCCGACUACUAUCGAAUCACUUCAAUCGACACGAGGGAAUCGAUUUAUCGAGCGGUCUCUGGUCUCCAAAACUGUCGCACUGUCAAGAUAGAUUUCCAAUCCAAAUACAACUUUGGCAAGAUAGACGCACAGGCUGCCUUCGAUUGGAAAACAUGGUGCACGGACAUUUACACCAUGACACACUUAGUCGCCAUAAUCCUUCGGUCACUCCUGCUCAACGGAAGAUUGCUUGAACAUCUUUCCGUAGGGGAGGAUGACCAAACAAACUGGUGGACGGCCCGCGGAUUGGCCAUCGACCUCUUGUAUUACGAUAUCUUUAUGAGAUAUCCUAACGCGUUUUCGCAAAUGCGGAAGCUCGAUCUAGCUCUAUGUCUCACUGAUUGGUCAAUCUUUCCCUUCCAGACGGACGAGAUAUUCCGUAGCGCUGGCAACACGCUGGAACAUCUGGCAUUAAGGCUCGACCUCACUACUCGCAGCCGGGACCUUCUCCACCAACUAGCUGCUCGUCCCAUUUCUCAGCACCUCUCUGUGCUCAAGCUCACUGAUUUCUGGGCCCGGGAUGCCGACUUGACGAGUCUACUAGGUAACCACGCAGCCACCCUCAAGGAGGUAGAAUUCAACCGAAUCAUCCUGGGUUCCGGCUCACAAUGGGCUACAGUUCUGCAAUUCAUCAACACCGAGCCAUUCCACCUCCGGCGCCUUAAAUGCACCUAUCUUAUCCAGCUCGAACGUCAAGUUCGCUAUAUUUGCUCCUACGUUGGGGUCUCGUUCGUCGGCCACCAUGAGGUUUUCGACCUCGAUGUCGUAGACUAUUCCAACGCUGAUCCGACGCAGCAACAGCGUGCCCACUACCUUGGCAGCGCCCUUGUAAACGACAAGUUGUUGAAGGAUGGUGAUUGGGUUGCUGUGGGUCUCAAAGAGGCGCCUAGGCGGUUUACAAUCGAGACGAACCACCAAGACUUCCACGUUGAGCUCGGGGGACUCAUUCAGAGAAAAUGUAGCCAUGUGCAGACAGGCUCCGGUGGACAUAGACCGGGAGCUCUGAAGUGCACAAGCUCCAAAAUCUACUGGAUUAUUAUCCCAUAUUCUGACUUCUUAGACCAACGUCUGAAUCUUAGUGAGCUCGACGAUGCAUUCAAGCAAAACCAGUACCUAUUGCCCCGAGGUCCUCCAAACCCCCACUCCCCCCAACCCCUCCACCUCUACGCCCAAAAAUCCGCCCACAGCCCCUCCAUCCCCUCCGCCCCCGCAUCCUCAAACCGCAAAAGCGGCAACAAGUACCCAAACCCCCCCACAACCCCCUCCCCAUCCCCGCCCGACCUCAUCUGCACCGCAUGCACCAUCCGCUUCAACCCAAACUCCGCUUUCCAGUCCACAACGCCCGGAAACAGCGUGGUUAGUAAACCGUCUAAUCCUUAA